GACCGUCCAACCCCCAGCAGCGCUCCACGACGCACCCGCGACCGCCGCACGGCACACACUCGCUUCUGACCCCGACACUCGCUCUCAGUCCUUCGCGGACGCGUCCACCAUGGCGACGAAUGUCUUGCAGCAAGAGUCGCUGGCUCUGCUGCCGCAGCACCAGCAGACCGACACAGGCCUGACUUCGGCCCUCGCCAGCCGCUUCCAUGCACACAUGCCCACGGCGACGCUCUCGUCGCACGCCAUCAUCUCCCUGAACACAUACACAGAUCCCAGCCGGGGCCUCGACGGCGGCGAGGAUGGCAGCGCGGUGCAGGCUGCCAAGGACCUCGCGGGGCGGGCAUACAUGCGACUGGGACAGCGCUCCGAGGACCAGGCCAUUGUGUUCCUUGGCGAGACGGGCGCUGGAAAAACGACCAUCCGCGGACACCUGCUGAGACAGCUGCUCUCCUACUCGGCCACGCCAUUGUCGAAGAAGAUUGAAUGUGCCAACUUCGUCUUCGAGGCCUUCACCACCACCAAGUCGCUCACCACGCCCUCCGCCUCCAAGUCUGGCCUCAUGCUUGAGCUCCAGUACAACACCUCGACUUCCAACCACGCCACCCUGCUCGGUGCCCAAUACCUCGCCCACCGCAUCGAGCGGAGCCGACUCGCGUCUGUUCCCACCGGAGAGCGCAACUACCACGUCCUCUACUACCUCCUCUCGGGUACCAGUCUCGCUGAGAAGAAGCAUCUGCACCUCGACAAUGCCGGCAACGAGGGGGCUGGCACCCGCACAUCGCUCGGCGCCAACAAGAGAUGGCGAUAUCUCGGCCACCCAACACAGCUGAAGGUUGGCAUCGACGAUGCGGCUGGAUUCCAGGAGUUCAAGACCGCGCUACGCAAGCUUGAGUUUGGCAAGGACAGCAUUGCCGGAAUCUGUGAGAUCAUGGCCACCAUCUUGCAUAUUGGACAGCUCGAGUUCGAGACUGGCCAGUCAACGACUCCCGCUGCUGACGACAGUGGCGGCUACUCGCACGAAGGUGGCGAGACCAUCACAGUCGUGAAGAACAAGGACUGUCUAGUCCCUAUUGCUCAAUUCCUGGGCGUCACCAUUAGCGACCUCGAGGAGAGCCUGCGAUACAAGUCCAAGACCCUGUACCGAGAGCGCGUCACGGUCAUGUUGGACCCCAAGGGCGCCCGCGCCAACGCUGAUGAGCUGGCUCGCUCGCUCUACUCUCUUCUUGUCACAUUCGUCAUCGAGCAAAGCAACUCUCGAAUCUCCAGCUCAAACGACCAGCUCACCAACACAGUCAACCUCGUAGACUUCCCUGGUUUUGCCAUCUCAUCGGGAACUGGAUCGUCUUUGGACCAGCUCCUCAACAACGCUGCGAAUGAGUCGCUAAUGACCUUCUGCCAGGAGAGUUUCUUCCAACGUCAAAUCCAGGAGAUGGAAGCAGAGGAAAUCAAUCUGCCCCCGCUGCAGUUCUACGACAGCUCCGAGGCCAAGAUUGGCCUACUGAAAACAGGCAAUGGUCUCCUCAGCAUCCUGGACGACCAGAUGCGUCGCGGCAAGACCGACAUGCAGUUCCUCGAGGCUAUCCGCAAGCGAUUCGAUGGAAAGAACCAGUCCAUCCUGCCUGGUAGCUUGACUGUUGUCCAGCCUGGCAGCAACUUCCCCACACCCAACACUUCACCGUCUUUCACCGUUCGUCACUACGCCGGCGAUGUCGACUACAGUGUCGAGGGUCUUGUUGAGGAGAACGCAGAUAACAUCUCUGGAAACAUGAUGCAGUUGCUUCAGGCUUCGCGAUCGCCUUUUGUUCAGCAAUUGUUUGGUCAGGAUGUGCUUCAGAAGAUUUCUCAUCCUAAGGAGAAGUCCGCCAUUGUCCAGGCUUCGGUCAGCUCCAAGCCUACACGUAUGCCCAGCAUGGCUCGUCGCAACAAGGACAAGACCGGCAGAUACGGCCGCCAGCUGAAUGUUUUUGACGACGAGGCUCUGAGCGAAACCGAGAGCACUAUCUCAGGCCCCGGGAAGAAAGGUGACUCCUCGUCGAAAUCGAAACAGACCGGAGCUGCUGGUCAGUUUGUCAGUUCGCUGAAAACCAUUGAGAAUCAGCUUCGUAAAGCCAAUCCUUACUUUGUGUUCUGCCUGAAGCCGAACGAUCGCCGCAUUGCCAAUCAGUUCGACAGCAGAUGUGUUCGCCAACAGCUGCAAGCGUACAGCAUCCCAGAACUCAGUCAGCGGCUUCGUGUCGCGGACUACAGCAUCUUCAUGCCUUUUGCUGAGUUCCUAGGCCAUACGCAGACAGACACAGCCAUCGUUGGCAGUGAGAGAGAAAAGGUCGAGAUGGUCUUGGACAGCAGGCCGUGGCGGGAGAAUGAAGUCCGCGUUGGGACCACAGGUGUCUUCCUAAGUGAGAGGUGUUGGCUUGAAAUUGCCAACAUUGCAGAUCUGCCGCCCACCGCCCGAGGAUUUACUGGCUCGGACGACAAUCUCUUGACUCCAGAGGCAGGCCGGUCUUACGGCGACGCCCGUGCUGGUUUACUGACACCUGGAGCCGGCGAGUACUACAACGACAAGGGGGGCAACUACUUUGGCAGCAAGGAUAUCGACGCUCGCUCUGAGGCUCCCUCUGCCGUUACUGGCGAUAUGUUCCACGGCCUAGAGCAGCACAACGUCCUUGAUGAAAAGGCGGCCAAUGACAAGAUGGAAGAGGUCGAUGUUGUUCCCAUUUCUGGAAGUCGCAAGCGAUGGGUUUUCAUCGUGUACGCUCUCACCUGGUUCGUUCCCGACUAUCUGAUCCGCGUUCUCGGACGGAUAAAGCGUAAAGAUGUCCGCAUGGCCUGGCGUGAGAAGCUUGCCAUCAACAUGUUGAUUUGGUUCAGUUGCGCACUUACCAUCUUCUUGAUGAUCGGGUUUCCGAUGGUAGUCUGCCCUACUCAACACGUGUACUCCACCGCUGAGCUGAGCUCUUACAAUGGCGAAGACGGUGCUGCAUCAUACAUUGGUAUCCGUGGAAUUGUCUACAACCUUGGCGACUUCAUUCCUGCCCACUACCCCAGUAUCGUUCCUGAGAGGCUGCUCGACAGAUACGCUGGAAAGGAUGCCACCAACCUGUUCCCAGUCCAAGUCUCAGCGUUGUGCGCUGGCAAGGACGGCAGUGUACACCCCGGUGUUCAGCUCAACUACAGGAACUCGAACUAUACCGAGACAUCGACCAACGUUAUCAGUACCACCGAUCAAAACGCCAAGUACCACGACUUCCGAUGGCACACCAACGAUUCGCGUCCAGACUGGUGGUUCGAACAGCAGAUGUUCAUGAAGGCCAACUACAUGAAGGGACGUAUUGGUUACAGCCCUAAGUACCUGAAGACCUUGGCCUCCAAGCAAAACGCAAUCGCCUACAUGAACAACAAGGUGUAUGACCUCACAGCCUAUUCGGUCGGAGGCCGUAGCGUUCUUUAUCCUCCCACCGAGGAGCCGGCGGCAGAGACACCUGAUGUGAAUUUCAUGGAAGACAGCGUAGUCGACAUUUUCCGCGUUCAAGCUGGCAAGGACGUCGGCAAGUACUGGGAAAAUCUCAAUUUGAACCCAACAACGAAGCAGAACAUGCAGGUCUGCCUUGAUCGUUUGUUCUACGUUGGUGAUCUAGACACCAGAAGCUCUACCAGGUGUCAGUUCGCCACUUACUUCCUUCUCGCCAUCUCCAUCCUUUUGGUCAGUGUUAUUGGUUUCAAGUUCCUUGCUGCUUUACAAUUCGGCGGCAACAACUUGCCGGAGAACAUCGACAAGUUCAUCAUCGCUACAGUCCCAGCUUAUACUGAAGAUGAAGAGUCCCUUCGCCGUGCUAUUGACUCGGCUGCCCGGCUAAAGUACGACGACAAGCGCAAACUCCUGUUCAUCAUUUGCGACGGUAUGAUUAUAGGCCAAGGCAACGACAAGCCCACUCCCCGCAUUGUUCUCGACAUUCUUGGUGUGCCCGAGGCUACAGAUCCCGAUCCGCUCAGCUUCGAGAGUCUGGGAGAGGGUAUGAAGCAACACAACAUGGGCAAGUGCUACUCCGGUCUCUAUGAAGUUCAGGGUCACAUCGUACCUUUCCUGGUCGUUGUCAAGGUCGGUAAGCCUUCCGAGGUCUCCAAGCCUGGUAACCGUGGAAAGCGUGACUCCCAGAUUCUCCUCAUGAGGUUCUUGAACCGCGUUCACUACAAUCUGCCUAUGACCCCCCUCGAGCUGGAAAUGCAUCAUCAGAUCAGGAACAUCAUUGGUGUGAACCCAACAUUCUACGAGUUCCUACUCCAGAUUGAUGCCGAUACCAAUAUUGCUCCCGAUUCAGCCACUCGAUUUGUUGCCGCCUUCCUUAACGACACCCGCCUCAUCGCCAUUUGCGGUGAAACUGCUUUGUCGAACGCCAAAUCUUCGUUCACCACCAUGAUGCAAGUCUACGAAUACUUCAUCUCUCACAACCUGACCAAGGCUUUCGAGAGUUUGUUUGGUUCCGUCACCUGUCUGCCUGGUUGUUUCACCAUGUACCGCAUCCGCGCUGCAGAGACUGGCAAGCCUCUCUUCGUGAGCAAGGAAGUCGUUGAAGCGUACCAGGAAAUUCGCGUCGACACGUUGCACACUAAGAACUUGCUGCAUCUGGGUGAAGAUCGUUACCUGACGACUCUGCUUAUCAAGUUCCACUCCAAGUACAAGACCAAGUACACUAUGCGAGCACAAGCCUGGACUGUCGCACCUGAUAGCUGGUCCGUCUUCAUGUCUCAACGUCGUCGCUGGAUCAAUUCUACGGUGCACAACCUCGUAGAGCUCAUUCCCCUCCAGCAGCUCUGUGGUUUCUGCUGCUUCAGUAUGCGCUUCAUUGUCUUCAUGGAUCUGAUCUCGACUAUUGUACAGCCGGUUAUCGUCGUCUACAUUGGUUACCUCAUCUACUCUGUGGUCGCGAACCCCGGCGUUGUUCCAAUGACAGCCUUCAUCAUGCUCGGAGCCAUCUACGGUUUACAGGCUAUUAUCUUCAUCAUCCGUCGCAAGUGGGAGAUGAUCGGCUGGAUGAUCAUUUACAUCCUUGCUACCCCUGUUUUCGCCAUGGGUCUUCCAUUGUACGCUUUCUGGCACAUGGAUGAUUUCUCCUGGGGUAACACUCGUGUUGUCACUGGUGAGGCUGGUCAGAAGGUCAUCGUCUCAGACGAGGGCAAGUUCGAUCCUGCUAGUAUCCCCAAGAAGAGGUGGGAGGAGUAUCAAGCCGAGAUGUGGGAGCAGCACACCACCAGGGACGAUCAGUCUGUUGUCUCCGGCUACACUUACGCCACCAAGAGGCCGUUCGGUGCUGGCUCUGUCAUGGGCGGUUCAGAAUAUGGUGGCAUGCCUCCAUCAAGGCCCAUGUCUCACCUCGACAUUCCCCGCUAUGGUAACCAGUCACGUAUGAGUCUGGCGCAGAGCGGCUAUGGCGGUGACAGCAUGGAGAUGGCGAACCUGCCAAGUGAUGAUGACAUCCUCAACCAGAUCAAGGUCAUCCUCGCCAACUCCGACCUCAUGACGGUAACCAAGAAGUCCGUCAAGCAGCAGCUCGAACAAAUCUUCGGGUGCGAUCUGUCUCUCAAGAAGGCUUACAUCGGUGAAGCCGUCGAGCAACUGCUCAUCAACGGGCAAAUGCAUUAAGCGCUCUCCCCUUUCAGCGACGCGGUGACGGCCUGUCCGCGCUUCACGACUCUGUUCAGCCCCCACGCAGGGCUUGUGUCUCAUCUA